AUGAGGACAGAUAAGCAAGACUCUGCUGCAAGAGCGUAUUCGACGGUAUUUGGACAGGCGAACUGGCAAUUUUUUCCGCCCUACCGAUUGAUUGCGGCGGGUCAGUCUGUUUCCCUCGAGCACAAGGCCGAAAGGAGGACGACGAAACUGCAUUGCUUUCCCUCGCCCAGUCUGCGGCGACUGCGAGUCGCACCGCACCUCCCCGACGAAAUCCUCUCUGAAAUCCUCUCAACGGCGCUCAACGUCGAUGACGACCUCUUCACACAAUCCCUCGCCGCCGCCCCCUUUGUGCGCUUCUCGGAACCCCCUUCAGCCUACCUCCUCGUCUGCAAGGCCUGGCUGCGAGUAGCAACGCCCCUGCUCUACAACGUCGUCGUCAUCCGGUCCAAGGCCCAGGCCCAGGCGCUUUCGGCGGUGCUUUGUCACAACCCGCCGUUGCGGGCGUUUAUCCGCAAGCUGCGUGUCGAGGGCGGUUAUGGCGCGUCGAUGUACAAAGUGCUCGCGAAUGCGCUGAAUCUGACCGACCUUUUUCUUGGGUUCGACACCUACAGCACGGAGAAGACGGACGGGCUCUGCAAAGGCCUUGCGUGUGUAAACCCGCGCAGGCUUAUACUGGACACGGACGGAUAUAAGGCCAACAACCCCACGCAGCGACUGGCCGACGCGCUCGUAGCCGCCAUACCACGGUGGUACCGGCUGGGCUGCCUAGAUGUCAGCGCCACGAAUUAUCUGGGUCCAAGCCGUCCAUUCAUAUCACGCGUCCUCGCGGCCACCACAACACUGACCCACGUCGUCGUGGGGGGCGUAGUCGAGGGCGAAUAUGUGUGUGAUGAGUCGAAGCAUUGCCCCCUGCGCCUCCUCGAACUCAAAUCAACGACUGAAUGGAUCCAAUGGGACGCCAACUUUCUGUCUUCACGCAUCGGGUCGAUGGAAGCGAAAAUCAAGGCUGACAAACGGCCACUAAAGCUGGAUAUCCGGUCCUGCUUCCAAGAGACCCCCCACACAUCCGUCCGGACCCAGUUAACCCCGCCUUCCGAGUCGGAGUCGGACCCUUUCUUCCGCCCCAUGGCGGCUGCGCCACUCGAUGUCCAGACGCGCAUUUGGUCCCACAUCCUCUCCUUUGUUCUAUCCGACCGCGACCGGGCCUGGCACUGGAUGUGGACCAGUGCCGAACGCGACCCGCAUAACUUGCUUCUUGUUUCUAAAAUGUUUCAUGCGGCCGCUGUCGAGGGGCUCUAUCAAGAAAUCGAGCUGAAAUCCCUGGUUUCGUGGGUACUACUGGCGCGGACUUUGGAGGCGAAACCGCGUUAUGCAAGAUACAUCCGAUCCGUAUCGUUGAGCGACUCCAGACAAGACGUGUCCGCUGAGGGCAACAGCCUCCUUCUCGAUGCGUUUAUCAUGACCGUGCUCCCCGCGCUGAACCACCUCACGUUCAAAUGCAACCUAUACUGUCAUCUGUUUUUCUUGAUGUACGCGCAUCGGCUCAUCACGCUGCGUGUUGCUGUCAGCUCUCUCCGCACAAUGCAGCCGCUAUUAUCUUCUUCCGAGAAUUCCGAAUCACCGGAAUCUCCUCCGCGGGUCCUCGACCUAUGCCCCAACCUCCGGAGCUUAACCAUCGACACCGACAGCCGAUUCACCGGCGGGACUCUCGCGCUGUUCGACGCGCAGUACGCACAUCGCUCGCUGCGUACACUCGUGUUCAUCAUCGAAAGCCUUGACCGAGAUCACGCGUGGGCGGCUUUUUUCGCAGGGUUGGCGGCGCGGAUCAUCCCGCGCUGCCUCCCGACGCUGCAGGAAGUUGUGCUCAAUGCGAACUUCCAGUGGCCGAUAACCGAGCGGGACAUCAACAGAUGCGCCUGGGUGGACAUCGCGGAUGGGCUGAUUGCGGCGGGUGUUCGGGUCGCAGACCGCAACGGGACGCGGUGGCGCACGCGGUUGAAAGUGCAGAGUCGAAAAUGCCACACGACGAGCAAAUUUACCAGUGAAACUGAGCAAAACAGAAGAGGGGGUGCAACCAGGGUAUUGAAUUGA